UCUCCUGUUAGUAGUGUACACAUACGGUGCAAAGAGACAGCGUUAAGUUGAGAUUGUGUCAAAAUUGUUCGCGAUGCCGAAAGAUAUUGCAGCUUAUUUGGACGAUCAGCAAAAAAAUAGUUCUGGACAGAUAACACAUAAAUGGACCGAACUAGAGGAACUUUACAACAAGAAAUUAUGGCAUCAACUCACUUUGAAGCUGCAGGACUUUGUAAAAGACCCUAUAUUUAGCACUGGAGAUGGUUUAAUCAAAUUAUAUGAAAACUUUAUAUCAGAUUUUGAGCAUAGGAUCAAUUCUCUGGCUUUGGUUGAGCUCGUAAUCCAGGUGGUAAAACAGAUAAGUGAUGCAAACCAAGCUGUUGAAUUCCUUGAGAAGAUUAAAGAAAAGAUUAAAAGUAAUGAAGAAGCAAAAAUCUUAGUGCUAACCACCAUUGCCACUUUAAAAUUAAAAAGUGAUAAACUUGAAGAUACAAAGAAAAUCAUAGAAGAAGCUCGAGAACUGCUAGAAGGAUUAGAUGGAGUUACCUCAGUCCAUGGACGUUUCUAUAACUUAUCAAGCUCUUAUUUGCACAUGAUUCACAGCCAUGCGCCAUAUUACAAAGAUGCUUUACGCUUUUUGGGCUGCAUUGACAUGGAAGAUAUUCCUGUUGAUGAAAAGCAACAAAGGGCAUACCAGCUGGGUAUUUCUGCCCUCCUUGGAGAUGGUGUUUAUAAUUUUGGAGAAUUGUUGGCUCACCCCAUUGUAAACAGCCUCACUGGUACCAAUAGAGAAUGGCUAGUACAACUGUUAUACGCUUUUAAUAGUGGCAACCUUGCUAAAUUUGAUAGCCUAAAGACACAUUGGGCUGCAGUGCCAGAACUUGUGGCGGAAGAAGUUGCUCUUAAACAAAAGAUCCGUCUGCUUUGUCUCAUGGAGAUGACUUUCAGCAGACCAGCAACUAGUCGUCAACUCUCUUUUGCUGACAUUGCCAGAGAAGCUGAUAUACCUUUAUAUGAAGUUGAACCUCUUGUGAUGAAGGCCCUGAGUUUGGGGUUAGUUUGUGGGCAUAUAGAUCAAGUGGAUGAAAAAGUUUACAUGACCUGGGUGCAACCAAGGGUGUUGGAUUUGACUCAGGUAAAUAUCAGCCUCCUAAGAGAUAUUUUUAUUUCUCUUUAAAUCUUAUUUAUUUAGUUUUACUGUUUAAUUGAACCCCAGGUAUUGUAGUUCUGCAAAGUUGUAAGUAAAUGAAAUGAUCUUAAAUAAAAGGGUAAAUACUCACUUUGGUCAAGAAUGGCCAUGGGAUUGCACCUAAGAAGUUCACCUCUGAGGCACAAGUCCAGGCGAGGUUAUUUGUGGAAGCUCAGCAGUUGUCCAUGGGAUUGCACCUAAGAAGUUCACCUCUGAGGCACAAGUCCAGGCAAGGUUAUUUGUGGAAGCUCAGCAGUUGUCCAUGCAUACCAGUUUCCUCUUUCCAUGCCACUGAUGUUAUCCAAGAAGGCCAAUAGAGCUUGGCAUCAGUGAUGUCGCAACUCAUUUCUACAGCUGAGUGAACUGAAUCAACAUGAAAUAAAGUGUCUUGCUCAAGAACAACACACAGCCCUGUCCAGGAAUCAAACUCACAACCUCAUGAUUGUAAGCCUGAUGCUCUAACCACUGAGCCAUGCACCUUCACAUCCUAGUACAUUACUAUUAACUAUUUAGUCAAUCACAAAUGAUAUGAGACAAUGAAGACUUAGUAUGAUUUUCUACUCUCUUCAUUUGUCUCGGUUCUGCUGGAUCUUUGCUUAGUACACAUCACAACACCUAUUUUCAAAACUCUUGAAUUAUUUGAUCGAUAGCUCAAAACCUUAACUUCACAAUCUUUUGUCAGGUCAUUGGCAGCCAAACCUGAACCGUUCCCAGCAUAGAUGAGUUAACAGAGACUAACAUAGGACAGUUGAAUCCAGCAUCGGGUUAACCAUUAUCUACUAAUUGUGCAGAGACAGAAAUUCUAACUCAAAAUCCAGUAUGUUUUUAUCAGAAUUUUGGUGGUUACUGAUGGUUGUUGCCUCUGCAGCUGCCUGUGACAACCUGGAGUAAAUUCAGUCACUACAAUGUAUCCUAUGGUUGGGCUGAUUCUUUCGAUUUGCCAACUUCCUGCUAAUUAUGUCCCAUGUUCAUAUAAUUAAUUAAUCAUUGUUGAUGAGAGACUUUGCUUCUUUUAGGAUUUUCGAGUGAGAUCGUUGCCAGUGCCCCUGGACUGGCUCUUGUGCGGGUGGCACAUAAAAUACACCAUUUUGAGCGUGGCCGUUGCCAGUACUGCCUGACUGGCCUUCGUGCGGGUGACACGUAAAAGCACCCACUACACUCUCUGAGUGGUUGGCGUUAGGAAGGGCAUCCAGCUGUAGAAACUCUGCCAAAUCAGAUUGGAGCCUGGUGUAGCCAUCUGGUUUCACCAGUCCUCAAUCAAAUCGUCCAACCCAUGCUAGCAUGGAAAGCGGACGUUAAACGACGACAAUGAUGAUGAUGUAGAGAUACUUCUGUUGU